AGCCCGAGUCGGAGCCGGCGGGCGCGGAUCUGGAGUGAGGGGUCGCAGUCGGGGCAGGAGCCUGGGCUGAGGCGGCGGGCGCUGAGUCCCUGCGAGAUGGACGGGACAGAAGGCAAUGCCGAGCAGCCCGACUCCGCUGAGCGGUCCCAUCGAAGCAGCGUGUCCUCCGUGGGAGCACGAGCAGCUGACGUGUUGGUAUACUUGGCGGAUGACAGGGUAGUGCCCCUGGCCGUGGAGAACCUGCCCUCACUCAGUGCCCACGAGCUGCACCGCGCUGUCCGAGAGUUCCUACAGCUCCCAGACAUCGCCCUGGAGGCCUUCGCACUCUGGCUUGUCUCCCCUCUGCUGGAGGUGCAGCUGAAGCCCAAGCACCAGCCCUACAAGCUGGGCCGCCAGUGGCCGGAGCUGCUGCUGCGCUUCACCGACGCCCCGGACGACGACGUGGCCAUGGAUGAGCCUUCCCUGCAGUUCCGAAGGAAUGUGUUUUUCCCAAGGCGGCGGGAGCUCCAGAUCCACGACGAGGAGGUCCUGCGGCUGCUCUAUGAGGAGGCCAAGGGCAACGUGCUGGCCGCUCGGUACCCAUGUGACAUCGAGGACUGUGAGGCCCUGGGUGCCCUGGUGUGCCGUGUGCAGCUCGGGCCCUACCAGCCAGGUCAGCCCGCCGCCUGCACCCUGAGGGAGAAGCUGGACUCCUUCCUCCCUGCCCACCUCUGUAAGCGGGGCCACGGGCUCUUCGCUGCGCUCCGGGGCCGUGGGGCCAAGGCUGGGCUGGGCGAGCAGGGGCUGCUGAACGCCUACCGCAAGGUGAAGGAAGCGGUCGGCGAGCAUGAGGCCUCCCUGAGCAGCUACUACCGCGCCUACCUCCUCAAGUGCCACGAGCUGCCCUUCUACGGGUGUGCCUUCUUCCACGGCGAGGUCGACAAGCCGGCUCAGAGCUUUUUGCACCGGGGCGGGCGAAAGCCAGUGGCUGUAGCCAUCAGUCUGGAGGGCGUGCAUGUCAUUGACAGCAGGGAGAAGCACGUCCUGCUGGGCCUGCGCUUCCAGGAGCUGUCGUGGGACCAUACCUCCCCCGAGGAGGAGGAGUCUGUCCUGUGGCUGGAGUUCGACGGGGACAAUGAGGGCACACCGGUCAACAAGCUCCUCAAGAUCUACUCCAAGCAGGCCGAACUGAUGAGCAGCCUCAUCGAGUACUGCAUCGAGCUGAACCAGGCUGCGGAGGCCGCCGCUCCCCAGGAGAGCGUGUCUGGUCCCCACUCAGCCCCCAGCUCCUUGCCACCUCCCGCUCAGCGCCCCCAGCUGCGGAGGCAGGGCAGCGUGGUGUGCAGCCGGAUCCAGCACCUCUCUACCAUUGACUACGUGGAGGAGGGCGAGCAGAUCAAGCGGGUGAAGCCGAAGCGCACCACAUCCUUCUUCAGCCGGCAGCUCUCCACGAGCCAGGGGAGCUACACCGUGGUGCAGCCCACCGACGGCCUGGAGCAGGGCUGAGGGCGGCAGUGCCAGGCAGGAGGAGGGCACGGGGAGGCCCCUGGACCUGGCCCAGUGCUGUCCUCCCUGAGGGGCAGGGCAGGCUGUGGCCCUCACGUUGGGGUGGGGGCUUCCUCGGAGCGUGAAGGAGUGACUUCUGUGGCUGAGACGGUGCCUGGGCUGUGGAGAGCUGGCCGGGGGCUCCCACAGGGUCCCUCCUGCAGCCUGCCCGUCCUUCCCCUGGACUCUGAGCCCCACUGCUGUCUCAGGACCAUCUGAUCAGGCCCCGGCCACCCCCUCCCACCCAGGGAUGCGCUUUUGUGCCCUUCUCAAGAUGGACAGUGUCCCCUGCUCUGAAGUGCCCUGGGGCGGUUCUGAUGGCAGGUAGCCAAGGAAUAGGGCUCGGGACCUGGAGGGGGACAUGUGUGUCUUCGGUCUUUUCCCUGGACUCGGGUGACCACAUCUCUGCAUUCCUUCUGCUGGCAUUCCACCCUGUGCUGCCAGGCUGGGCCAGCGCUCUACGGGGCGGGGCAGGGCCCCUCCCUGGAUUGAACCGCAGCAAGAACAGAGAAGGCAAGGCCCCCCCACCCAAACCCUCCCUGGCUGGAUGGAACUGGAGGGAGCCGGCAGGACCCGGCUCCCCUGUGCCCCUCACUCAGGCAUCUCUUGCAGGCAGGAGACACUCUGACCAGAAGGAAAGUGCCCUUUUGCUAGCCUUUGGUGACAUCACUGUGCUGGGAGGUGGCUGUCCUUGGACAACAAGCCCACCAGACCCACCCUCCACACUCGGAGAAGCUCCCAAACCCCCUUGGGCAUCGGGUUUAGUUUUGGUUUUUUCUCUUCUGCUUUGGUCCCAUGAAGCCUGUGAACUCGGGCAACUCAAGAGAACGCCCGCCAACCUCAGAGCUGCUGGCUGCCCAGGAGAUGGCACUGUGGUUUCCAUCAGGCCUGACCCGGGGGCCAC